AUGGUAAUAGAUUUGACAUCUAAGAAAGCUGCUUCAGUGAUCUUCACCAAGAGUUCAUGUUUCAUGUGCAUAGCAUCAAGGCAUGAGACAAAUUUGACCACCGUCGUCGUCUCCACAACAACCACCGUCAGACAACCUUCAAGAACGCGUCCACCAACAUCUUCAUGCCUUAUUUUCUUUGUUACUGGAUCUGGAACGCCACCCUCUACCUUCUCCGAUAUCGUCUAUCAGAAACCAUCAGUCGUCUUCGUCGCUACUAGGGUUUUCACAGAUCCCCCACCUCCAACUUUGGAAGCGAUCGCCGAAAACCCUAGCUCUGACGAAAUAGGAUGGUGUUUUCAUAUCGUCGCCCUUCUCUCCAUCUCUUUAAGAUCUGAUAACCCUUCUCUCCCCCUCUCCCAGACCCGAAAACCUUGCAAACCCACCUCUAUGAUGCGUCGUAGAUCCGAAAACCAUGUAAACCUACAUCUGUGA